CUCCAGCGGCAGGGAAACACACCCGUCAGCAGCGCGCACUGGAGACAAAAAAGCGCAUCACGGACAAAGGAAAUAUGGAUGCGCUGGAGAGGAUUCACCUCAGCCGGGUAACACAAUGGAUGAGCCGCUUCUGUUUCAUUUACCGGGAGACCAAUUAGUCCACCUUAAUGAGGUGCUGGGAUGCGAGAUACUGCAAGCUAAAAAGGCGGAAGGCUUCGUUUAAUCCGUCUGCGGAUCCUAUGAGCUUGCAAUGGCUGUGGCUGGGGUGUGCAACUGGAUAGGGAAUAAUGUGCCUUUUUAUUUUGUGAUAUUUUCCUUAUUUUGUGGCCUUUCGUUUGGACAGUUGCGAUAUUCGAUUACAGAAGAACUAGAAAAUGGGGCUCUGGUCGGUGAUCUGGCGCAUGACUUGGGGCUGGAUAUUCGAAAGCUCACCACCCGAAAAAUCAAGGUAACCUCCAACAGCGGUAAACGCUAUGUGAUUGUCAACCCCAAAAAUGGGAAAUUGCUUGUAAAUGAAAGGAUUGACAGGGAGGAACUUUGCGAUUUAUCCAGCACCUGCCUCAUUAAUCUAGAGGUACUGAUUGAAAACCCUACUGAAGUGCAUCACGUCGAGGUGGAGAUUGUGGAUGCCAAUGACAAUGCGCCGCAGUUCCCCAGAGACGAGUAUCAAUUGGAAAUCACAGAAUCUGCUUUACCGGGGUCUCGUUAUCCAAUUGAAAACGCUCAAGAUCCAGAUAUUGGGUCAAAUUCUGUUCGGAUGUAUCAGAUUAGCACAAAUGACCAUUUCGCGCUGGUGUCCAACAAACCCUCCCUGAAUACAAAGCACAUCGAGCUUGUGCUCAAAAAGCCCCUUGAUCGCGAACAGACGCCUUACCAUCAAUUAAUUCUAAGUGCUGUGGAUGGUGGGACACCGGAGAAAACAGGAACGGCCAAAAUCAAUGUCCGGGUCCUGGACUCUAAUGACAACGGUCCCUUGUUUGACAGCUCAGUGUACAAGGUGAAACUGUUAGAAAACUCGCCCAAAGACACCCUGGUGAUCAAACUGAAUGCAACUGACCUGGAUGAGGGCACAAAUGGGGAGGUGUAUUACUCCUUCAGCAGCUACACUCCAGAGAGAGUGAGGCAGAUGUUCAGCAUGGACACUAACACAGGAGAAAUAAGAGUGAGAAACAAUGUUGACUAUGAAGAGACUAACUCCUAUGAGAUGUACAUUCAGGCAAUGGACAAGGGCCCUGGUGCUGUGGCAGCACACUGUAAGGUAGUGGUAGAGGUUGUGGAUGUAAAUGACAACGUCCCUCAGAUAGUGUUGUCGUCUCUGUCAAGCCCUGUGAGGGAGGAUGCCCGUGCAGACACAGUCGUGGCCCUUAUUAGUGUGACUGAUCGAGACUCUGGCGCUAACAAGCAGGGGAACUUAGAGAUCCCAGCAGGCCUUCCAUUCAAGAUCAAGUCAUUCAGAAACUACUACACUCUGGUUACCUCAGCCUUCCUGGACCGUGAGACCACUGAUGCCUACAAUGUCACUCUGAGUGCCACAGAUGGAGGGAAUCCUCCCCUAUCCUCCCAGAAGACUAUACAGGUGGAUGUGGCAGAUGUUAAUGACAACCCACCACGAUUUGAACAGACCUCAUAUACAGUCUAUGUGGCUGAGAACAAUGCCCCUGGGGCCUCUUUGUGUACUGUGAAAGCUCAGGAUGCCGACAUCAAAGAGAACGCACGUAUCACCUACACAGUGCUCAAUGACAACAACCAUGGCAUUCCUGUCACCUCAUAUGUGUCUGUGAAGGCCGAUACAGGGGAGGCUUAUGCCCUGCGAGCCUUUGACUAUGAGUCACUGAGAGAGUUUCACUUCCAGGUCAAAGCCCAAGAUGGGGGCAUUCCUCCUCUCAGCCGUGUCGCCACAGUCUACAUCGAAGUGCGUGGGAACGGUUCCCUAACGAAGACCUACUGCUACAAGACCUGCCUGACAGCCACAUCUGGCAGUGACACUUUCAUGUUCUACAACACAGGACGGCCCAUCAGUGGCACCUGGGGCAGCGGUGCUGACCGCUUUUUCACCAGUGGAAGCGGAUUUGUACGCAGACUGAGCAUGCCUGAUGCCUCCCUCCAAAUCUGCCCAGAGCCAAAAGCUCCGAAUGCUGACUGGAGAUAUUCUGCAUCUUUGAGGGCAGGGGUGCAGAGUUCCGUCCACAUGGAGGAGUCCUCGGUGAUGCAGGGAGCCCAGGGGAUGCUGGUUCAGAACUGGCCCACUGUAUCAAGUGCUGCAGAUGGAGAAGGAGGUGGAGAGCUAUCACCCCCAGUGGGUGCUGGAGUUAAUAGCAACAGCUGGCACUUCAGAUACGGCGCUGGACAAGGCUAUGGCCUUCCUCAGCCCCUGAAACCAGGAGAGAUUCCUCCUGAAGCCUUCAUCAUUCCCGGAUCUCCAGCCAUCAUCUCGAUCCGCCAUGACCCAGGUCCCGUGGAUGACAAGGGUGAAUUCAUAAGCUUUGGCAAGAAAGACGAGGCCAAGAAGAAGAAAAAGAAGAAGAAGGAUAAGAAGGACAAAAAGGAUAAAGGAAAAGAUGAAGAUGAAUAGAGAAGAAAGGGUGACUUGAAAGCAGAGCUAUUAACAAACUACCCAAUUUCAGAGCCAGAAAAAUAAGCCAAAUGCAUAUUGUAGAACCAAGGGAGCGUCCUUGCACCAUAUUUGCAUAGACAUUAUACAGUGGCCACAACCUCAUUAGACCAGGCUUGGCUCCAAACAUCAUGCGAACUUGCUAAAUAAAUGCUCUUUAUCUAAAGAGUGGACCAAAUUACAAGAGAAAAGAAUUUAUUGGCUUAGAUUAGCCUUUGUGAUUUGCUGCCCAACCCCCAACUUUCCCGACCCCUCUCCCCACCCCCAGUUUGUAUAAUAACAACAAAAAUAGCACCUGGAAAGGUGCGCUAUUUGUAUCUGACCAUUGUCAGCUGAGGCUGCCUGUGAUGACAUCUCUGACCCCUGUCCUUUUUGACUAGUCCAAUGGUAAGUGAAAAGAAAUAAAGUGAAAGUAACGUAAAUAAAAAGAAACAGGGGCUAUUGUCUUCAGUGUUAUGGAGGCCUUGUAGAAAAUCUAAAUGUGGUCUUUUGUAAAAAAUAAAAUAAAAUAAGCAAAGACAAAAACUAAAAACAACAUACAGUGUGCGUAGCAUAAGAUUUGCACCUCUGAGAGAACGAGGUGUCUGAAAGAAGCUGGGCCACACUCAAAUAAAGAGCUCUGUUUCAUAGCACAUUGCAGAGGCUGAGGACCUGGACUGAGUUGCACCAACUAUGCGCAAGUUUGUUCCCAGGUUAGGUUAUAAGGUGGUGGCCUCAUAACUACUAGUUCCUUUGCAAUUAGUACGUUAAAAGCAGUGGUAUCAUAGAUAUUAAGACGUGAGUUCUAAGGUGAUAUCUCUCUAUAUUAUUAAAAGUUAGAAUGAGUAACUAAGUAAUAGCAAUAUCUAGGAUGGGUUUGAGACUAGAUUGGCAUAAAACAAAUGACUGAUUCUCAUUUGACUUUUAAAGGAAAAUGCUAGUAUUUGAAUGUUUUAGUCCACUCUCUACCGAUCAUUUUUCAAUGCUGAUCAUUUUCUGAAGCACAUCGUUGUGUUUUGGGAAUUUCUCUGGUUUUCCCCCACCAUGCAGGACGCUGCUGCUUCUUUAAUGGACUAUAGCACAAAAAUCCAUAAGCUGGGGCUCAAAACUGUUUCACACCGCUCGUCAAAGCAAGCGCAGCAUCUGAGUUUGGUUUUGUUCUAAGCUACAUUUUCAUCACAUCGUAGCGUAGCUAACGCACGGACACGAUUAACCGGAUUAGGUGCAAUCCUCAAGGCAAGCCUCAGCAUAUUACUUUUCACAUUCCAUGGAAUCUAACAGUAACCACUUUCUGCCUGAGGAAACGGAAAGACACACUAAAUAGUUGAAAAGAGCCCCCAGUGUUGUGUAAUGUGUAGAAAAUGGACAGAAACAUUCAAAAAUCAAGGCUGCGGCCCUUCAGGUUGCAAAACAGGAGGGAACCGCUAAAGAAAAAAAAAAAAAUGAUGUGUGCAGAAAAAUAGCUGCUUUACUGUUAGUGAGUGCAUUUGUGUGACUUGUAUCAUUUGCACCUGCUUUAUUGCUUGCUUAAUAUUUUUAGCAUUUAUUUAAGGUUGCGUUCUGACAGAUUUCUGUGGUGGUACCGCUUGUAAUUUAGCAAUGCCUCAAAUGGGAUUCGUGGCUACUUUGGAUAUAACUAGGGAACCUACGUGCAGCUGAUGCAACCGGCCCCUGACGUGGCUUCUUUUCGUGGGAUAUGACACAGGUUAAUGGUGUCUCAAUCCUACUGAGUAUCAGCACACCCAGUCUGAAAACACACAAACACUGACUCUCUCUGCCUCUUACAAACAAGCCGACAAACACACACAUGCACACACACAUGAACAUAUAUAUUCAAAAUAUACAUAAAGAAUACACAGCCCUUUGUGGAAACUCCAACUCCAAAAACUGAAGGCCAAUGCCACCCUUAAUACGGGAGUGUAUUAUAUGGCUAGGAUGCAGGAACGCUGCUUGUCGCUUCAUUUCUGUUCAUGCUCGAGCCCUCUUCUUCUGUCUUUGAAUGUUAAGUAGUUGUUCUUCAAGCCCUGCACCACUGCCUCAACUGCUUCAGCGCUUGUGGGAUUUGCUUGCCCGCUGCCUGUUUCCUCUCUCUACUCCUGUUUCCCUCAAAUCAACAUGGUUGGACAUAUUUAAAGUCUCUCUCCUUCAAUGAACUGUGCAACAGUAGCAUUUGUGUAUUUGCAUAUUUACACAGAUAAUACACACAUAUAGACAUAUAGACACACAACACUUUCUCAUAUACGUUUUUUGAUUAGGCGCAACCUCAGCUUGAACUUGAGCUGAGCUUAGGCGCUUCUGCCAGAAUGUCUCCUCUGAUUGCUCAUUGUCGGCAGCUCUGUCAUCUCUCGCAUGACUUGUAUGCACUGAAUUGUGAAGAUGGCUGAGAGCUUAGCAGAAACUGAGAUUAUGCUGUACUAGAUAUGAGGCGAGAUGGAGUCAGAAAAUAAUAGUCAUUGUAGUCCAUUGUGUAGGUACAGUGUAGGAGACAAAGAAAAUAAUGGGCAAGCCAUUUCUCUUUUGCAGGAGCUCGUGUAUUUGCAGUUAUCCCUGUGUGCAGGAUAAUUGUGUAGCACUGUUCAGUUGCAGUAGAAAGAGGCUGGUGGCUGAAUUCAAAGAGGGAGAAACCAAAUUAUGAGUAACAAAAUUCUGACCUUAAAAGUUUCCUUAGUCGCUUUGCUGCUGCUCAUAAACACAGGAAACAAGGCUGCGGCGACAUUUGGCCCUGAUAAUGUGAAACCCAGAUCUAGGAUGGUGAGUAACGAGUAUGGCAGAAAUGGGAACAGCAUCAACAGGAUUGAAAGUGUCAUAAAAUCUCACCUCAGUGUUCCUUUUUUUUUUUAGACCAUUGUAUUACCAGUCACUGUAGGGGUAUGCAGGUGCUGCUCAGUCCUUCCCAUGCACACUAAUCCUUCCCCACCUGCCCUGUUCUUCAGGUGUACUUCUGUGCUGUCAGAUCACCAAGUGGCUGUUUGCAUGUUAUAAGCAAAGGAAACAGAUACUAUAUAGAUACUAUAUAUACAUAGAUAUGUUUUUCCACUGGGAAAUGUGUAUUGGAAUAUAUAUAUAUAUAUAUAUAUAUAUAUAUAUAUAUAUAUAUAUAUAUAUAUAUAUAUAUAUAUAUAUAUAUAUAUAUAUAUAUAUACCUCUGAUACACAUUCUCAAAGACAAUACACACACUGAAAGACUCACACGUCUCCAUACACACUCGUACAUACAGCAGAUAUAGAUAUGACAUUGCAGACAGUAAUUUGUGGAAAAACCUAAAAGAAUCACAUUUUUUUAUCAUGUUAAAAAAUAAAUUUAAUCUUCUAGAUAUACAUAAUGCUAUUGUGUUAUGCUAUGAAAUGCCUUUUUUUUUUUUUCUGUUUUUACCCAUAAAUUUUUCAUGGAUAAGAAAAUCAGUCCUUAAACUAACUUGUGUUAAACUUUGAAAUGAUGAUCAAACAAACACUAUUGUGAAAUUACAUCAUUUACUCACCCUCCAUACCUUUUCCCUUACCCAGUGUCAUAAAAAAAAGGCAAAAAAAUAA